ACAAAUAUUUAAACUCAACAGAUAAACAUCAACUCCUCCCGACAAACCCACCUAUCCUAUUUUUCUUACCAAGAUAAUAUAUUUUACUCUCUUCCAUUCCCAAUUCGGAUAACCCUUCUCUUUUUAUUCUUCUUUUUUCCCAUUUCUUUCGAUAAAUUGCUCUCUUUUCUUGGAAUUUUCAAUCUGUUCUUUUGCAUUUCUGUGAUGUCAAUUGCUUUUCAAACAACUUCUGGUGAUUCUAUCCACAGCUCUCGUUUUAUCCGCCACCACCGUAUGUCACCCUAUUUUCUUACUGGGUGCGCCGGAGAACGGAGGUUUCCGGCUGCUGAAAGUGGUAGGAGGAGGAAGAAGAAGGGUUCUGAUUCUGAUUCUGAUUUGAGCUCUUCUUCUUCUUCGUCGUCGAUCGGAAAGGACAGUGAUGAGGAGGAGGAUUGUGGUGGAGAAUUUGAGGCUCAGAGCUCGUUUAAAGGACCUUUGGAUACUAUGGAUGCGUUGGAGGAAGUUUUGCCCAUCAAGAAAGGUAUAUCGAAGUUUUAUAAUGGAAAAUCAAAGUCAUUCACAAGUCUAGCAGAUGCCUCUUCUGCUCCCUCAGUCAAAGCUUUUGCUAAACCGGAAAAUCCUUAUAACAGGAAGCGCAAAAAUGUAUUAGCUCGCAAUGUUGUAUGCGAUGACAGGAAUCUCAAUCACCUGUCAAAAGAUAAUGAAAGCUGCAUGUCAAAGAGACCAACAAUGUUUAAUCGAGGCACAUUAGCUCUCGGUUCAAUAAUGGACUGCCAUAAAAGCUAUAAUAAAGAGGAGUCUCAGGCAAUGUCAUCUUUACCUCCACGGCAUCCCCAUGCAAAAACAUCGCAUAUCCACGAACCGUGUUUGCCACCUCAUCAAAGAAAAUCUAAUUGGCGAUCUUUCUCCCUCUCUGAUCUGCAAUGUGCUGUCGCAGCUGCAACUUCUAAUGACCGAGGAUGAGACAAUUCACAGUGAAGACACUGACAACUUACUAUAUAUUGACUUAUAGCCUUAGUUUUGCUUCUCAGCAUGAAUCUGGAAGUAGGAGAUAUGUCACGGAGUUGAAGUCCGUGGCAUGUAAUUUGAUUAUUCCGCCAAUGGUUCUUGUAGUCUCAGGUAUGUCCUGCCUGGGUUUUUUUUAAGAAGAUGAAUGCUUGCUGCACUGUUUCUUAAGUGCUGUCUGCUAUUACUGUUAGGUUAUGACUAUAAUAUUACGGUCUUGUGUAUCAUAUGAGUAUCUAAAUGUUAUGUCACAUGUUCGUAUUA